AUGUCCCCCCACGCCACCUCGAUGCCCUCGACGGGGCUCCAGGCCCUCAUUCUCUGCGGACCUGGCUCGUCGUUCCCUACGUUUACGUCAAACCCAGACGAGAACCCCAAGGCCCUGUUGCCAAUCGCCAAUCGGCCCAUGGUCUGGUAUCCCAUCGACUUCUGCCUGAGAACUGGCAUCACCGACAUCACAUUGAUAUGCCCUCCCUCUGCCUCUCAGGCACUCACCGCAGCCAUGAACACAAACCCGUAUCUCACGGGGCUACCACUUCCGCGCCCAGACAUCCUUGCCCCAGCGGACCUGGACCAGAACACCGGGACCGCGGAGAUUCUACGUCUCCCCGAAGUUCGCGAGCUCAUCCAAUCCGACUUCGUCAUUCUCCCGUGCGACCUGAUUUGUGAGCUGGCAGGGGAGAAGCUGUUGCAAGCCUGGAUGGUCAAGUCGGCCAGCGCAACGGAUCUGCUGAGCAGCACCAACUUCACCAAUGGUCACCAGCCCCGCCACAAUGGCGGGUUGACCGUGUGGUACGAUACGAAAGCCACGGUCACGGUCAAGGGAGAGGAGACAGAUUUCGUUGCGACGACGCCUCUGCCGCCGUCACCGAUCCCGUCACCACGGGGAUCCAUCUUCCAGCAUCUGUCCAAGCUGGUGUACUCGAUCCCGACAGACUCGCUCAACGACAUCACUGAGGAGCGCAAGUCCUUGCCACUCAGGCACGCGCUCUUGCGGGCCAACCCCCGUGCGCGGAUGCACACGACCAAGAGGGACGCCCACAUCUACGUCUUCCCCCGAUGGGUCCUUGACUUUGUCAAGGAGAAUGACCGCCUCGAGAGCAUCGGCGAGGACGUUGUGGGCUGGUGGGCAAAGGCGCAAUGGCAGACGGGCCUCGCCGAGAAGCUGCAUUUCGAUUCGUUUUGCGGCAGGAGUAGCGGCGACGACGACAACGAGUCGACGCCCGAGAGCAUAUCAUCGUCCAAGGAGUCAAGCCCGGCUGGUCAAGCUGCGUCAAAGACUCAGUCAAGGCCGCAAAUACAGGGUGUUGACAGUCUCCAGGUGCAAGGAAAAGGCGAUUCAUCGCUGCCUGGCUUCGACGUACCGCCAGUCCUCGCUUACAUACCGGGCGCUCAGGGCCAGGAUGCAGUUCCUCUCAUUCGGCGGGUAGAUACGGCGCAGUUGCUUUUGGCCAUCUCCCUGCAGCUGGCAAAGCUUCCCUCCAUUGAAGAGGCCGGACCAGAUGCAGCCUCACCGUUUGCGCAUCCCAAGAAGGUCGCGUAUCCGGAAGGUGUCAAGCCCCGAACGACCAUCACCAAGCAGGACAGCCUGAUCGGCGAGAACGUGACGGUGGAGGAGAAGACGUCGAUCAAGGAGACGGUUGUUGGGGCGGGAUGCCAGAUCAAGGAAGGCGCAAAGCUCUCACAAUGCGUGCUCAUGGACGGCGUUGUUGUCGGCAAGGGCUGCAAGCUCUCCAAGUGCAUCCUCGGGAAGAGGUGCGUUAUCGGGGACGGAUCGGUGCUGACAGAUUGCGAGGUGCAAGAGAACCUGCUGGUCGAGGCGAGAACCGAGGACAAGGACAACAAGCUCAUGAGCUCCGAGGGUCUGGAGGCGACCGAGGCGGAAAUGGAGGAGGUCCUCCAAGAGGUGGACGAAGAGGUGGCGGCCGUUGCAGACGCGGCGAUCGUCGACUAG